GAGUGGAUAGGAAAGAGAGUGUGUGGAGAGGGGGCGGAGGGACAAGAGGAGGAGGAGAGAGAGUGAGCAAGGAAGAGAGACAGGCCCCAGAGCUGCUGCUGCUGCUGCUGCUGCUGAUGCUGAUGCUGCUGCAGCCGUUUGAUGAUUCCCCACCCAUACAGAGCACGGAAGAAGGAAAGAGACUACAGCAAGGAGGAGGAAGGAGUAAGCGACACCUCAGCAAAGAUGCUCCUGUGCUAGCCAACACACACGGUGCAAUGUGACUACAACCAGCUGAGACAAACCUUUGCUGUAGUGAGCCGGGAGCGAGACGCGGCCCAGCAGCAGAGGAACCAACUCCAGGUCAAAGUAGAGAACCUGGAACAGCUUCUAAAGCAUAUGCACAAGGCUUUAGAGCUGAAACGGUAGCUGCAGACAGAGCAUGAGCAAGCCUUUCACACCAAGCAGAAGGAGAUCAAUCAGCUGCAAAAGGCCUGGGUUCAAACUGACAAUGAGCAGGAGGAAGCAGUACACUUAUUAGAGGUCAAGCAUUGUGACCUUGAGCAGAAAUGCAGGUCACACAGUGAACACUUCCACCAGUUUUCCAGCGAGCUGCUGAACUUCCGUUUGCAGUCGGACGGAGCCGGUGGAGAUUCUAAAACAUAAUUCCACCCCAGCAUCCCAGACACCAUCCUCUCCAGAGGAGGAACUCUUGCAGGUUGUUGUUGAAUUUGGAUCCCAGACAGACAAAGGUGAUGAGAGCGAGGCAAACACUUUGCUACUGAUCUCCCAGUUCUCACCCAGCCAUACACAGACUGGAGAGGGUGAAGCAUCUGAACCACUGUCAGUCAACCCCAGCACCGUGACAACGGACCGCUCCAGCAGCCCUCGACAGCCUGCCCCAUCAGAGAUGGAGGAUGCGACCAACCCAUCACCCAGGUCCAAGCCUCGCUACACUGGCCAGGUCCGCCUUUGCACUGCCCGUUAUAGUUAUAACCCUUAUGAUGGACCGAAUGAGCACCCUGAAGCAGAGCUUCCUCUUGUGGCUGGAAAGUAUCUGUAUGUGUAUGGAGACAUGGAUGAUGAUGGCUUCUAUGAAGGGGAACUUUUGGACGGCCAAAGAGGUCUUGUUCCGUCCAACUUUGUGGAAUUUGUUCAGGACAAAGAAAAACCCAUUGGGGAGGGUGUGGAAGACUUGCGCCAUCUGGACCACACACCCUUGGCCUUGAUGUCAGCAGAUGAAGGUGCCUCCCAGGAUGGCCUCCUUGGUUCAUCUGGUGCCCUGGUUCCUUGUAGCAACGGGACAGGGGCCCCCUUGGAUCCUGAGGACCUAGCUGAAGAUGUUGUGCCUUACCCCCGUAAGAUAACCCUGAUCAAGCAGCUGGCACGCAGUGUUAUUGUGGCGUGGGAGCCUCCAGUGGUGCCUUUGGGCUGGGGGAACAUCUCCGGCUACAACGUGUUGGUUGAUGGGGAGCUUCGUGCCAGUAUACCUUAUAGUGGCAGGACCAAGUGCUUGCUGGAGAAGCUGGACCUGGACGGCUGCAUUUAUCGGGUGUCAGUGCAGAGCGUCACUGACCGCGGCCUUUCGGAUGAACUGCGCUGCACCUUGCUGGUGGGAGCCAAUGUGGUGGUGGCACCGUGCGGUAUCCGGGUAGAUGACAUCCAGCGGGACACUGCCGUGCUCGCCUGGUUGCCUAGCAACAGUAACUACAGCCACACUGUGUAUGUAGAUGGGGCAGAGCAUGCUGUGGUGAAGCCAGGAAGGUACAGACUACGCUUCCACAACCUGAAGCCUCUGACGGUGUAUAAAGUGACGGUGGUGGCGCAGCCUCACCAAGUACCCUGGCAGCUGCCUCUGGAGCAGAGAGAAAGAAAAGAAGCUGGGGUGGAAUUUUGUACUCAGGCAGCAGGGCCAACACCAUUUUGCAGAACAGGGCCACCAAUGCCUCCCCUGGAUGUGCAGGUGCUUUGUGGGCAGGCCCCAGGGGUCCUGCAGGUCCGCUGGAAGCCUCCCAUCCUCUCCCCCACAGGCACGUCUAAUGGGGCAAAUGUCAUUGGCUAUGCAGUCUGCACUAAAGGACAAAGGAUAGCUGAGGUGUUAUUCCCAAUGGCAGACUAUGUUACUGUUGAUCUGACAAGGAUUCAAUGCCUGGAGGCCAGAGAGGUCAUUGUUAAGACACUGUCAGUCCAGGGAGAAUCCCAGGAUUCUCAAGUCGCCAUCAUUCCAAACAACCUACUUGUGCCUCUAGCUCCGAUCCCCCUGCCAGCCCCAAUACACCCUCACCCAGGCCCCCCUCCACACCCCCACCCUCAACCUCACCUUCAGUCUCCUCUCAUCCCUCACCCCACACCUCAACUCCCUGUCCCCCCUCACGGACAGCCCAUCCCACCCCAUCCUCAGCACCCACAACCCCAUCCAAGACUCCCAAACCCAGGUGGACCCCCUCAUCCACAGCCCAUGCAUCUCCAGCCUCAUCCACCACACCAGGGUCCCAGGCCCCAGCACCAACUGCCUCUGCUGCCCCACCCCCACCCUAUACCUCUGAGACCAGUAAGUGCCAGAGACAUGGAUGCCAAAGAGCACAUAGCUCACCACAGAGGAGCUAUCCCACUUGGACAGCCUGGUUGGGACCCAAAUCUGUCUCUUUCACAGCCACUUGUGCCCAUGCCAGGCCACACUCUGGAGCCUCCACUCCAAGCCAAUCUGCGCUCCCCUUCUCCCCAGAGGAUUCUUCCCCAACCCCAGGGCACCCUCAUUCCAGACACAGUGGCCAAAGCCAUCGCCCGAGAAGCAGCUCAGAGGGUCGCCGCAGAAAGUGGCAAGGUCUGGAAAUGGAGCCAAACACAUACAAAAGGAGACAAGAGGCAGGGAAGAUAUGGAGAGCAGGGUCCUAUUUUUCACCAGCAUCCCUCUGACGAGGAAGAGGAAGAAGAGGAAGGAUUUGCACGCGGUCGUCGAAGAGGACCGUCGGUCGAUGAGUUUCUGAGAGGCUCCGAGCUGGGAAGGCCGCCUCACUAUAGUCACAAUGAAGAUUAUCACAGCGAGAGCAGCCGGGGCUCUGACCUGUCUGACAUCAUGGAAGAGGAUGAGGAGGAGCUGUACUCUGAGAUGCAGCUGGAAGAGGGGGGACGGCGACGCAACUCGCACAACACACCCAAGACAAACAGUCCCGCUGUAGGUCACCAUGAUCGAGAUGGUGGGAGACGGGUUCAUUCCCAUCCCAAGAGACGUCCCCUGAUGGUCCCCUCUAUUGAAGUAACCUCUGAGAAUAACAGUGAGGAAAACCUCUCCUCCAUCACCGAGGAAGUUAACAAUGCCAGAGUAGCUCGACACAGGACGUGGUCAUCCCGCAGGCACAUGGGCGGCACCAGGUCUCCCCAUGAUGGCUACAGGAAUCGCCGCUCUCCUACAUACUACGAUGAGUCAGAACCAGAGGAUCCCUUUCGGAUCUUCGUGGCCCUCUUUGACUAUGAUCCUCUGUCAAUGUCACCUAACCCAGAUGCAGCUGAUGAGGAGCUUCCGUUCAAAGAGGGGCAGAUCAUUAAGAUUUAUGGUGAUAAGGACACAGAUGGGUUUUACAGAGGUGAAGUAAAAGGCAGGUUGGGGCUCAUCCCCUGUAACAUGGUGUCAGAGAUACGAGCAGACGACGAGGAAACCAUGGACCACCUCAUCAAACAGGGGUUUCUGCCUCUCAGCACUCCGGUGGAUAAAAUAGAGCAGAACAGAAGAAGCCUCCGGAGAGAUCAGGCGUCGAGGAGAAUGGUGGCAUUGUAUGACUAUGACCCCAGAGAGAGCUCUCCUAACGUCGAUGUUGAGGCUGAGUUGACCUUUUGUGCUGGUGACAUCAUUGCAGUGUUUGGAGACAUUGAUGAAGAUGGGUUUUACUAUGGCGAGCUCAACGGCCACCGCGGUCUGGUCCCCUCUAACUUCCUGGAAGAAGUGCCUGAUGACGUGGAAGUGUAUCUGACCGACACCCCGUCCCACUACCCCCAGGAAGAGCCUGCCAACCGGCCCCCCUCCACCAUCUCAGAGGGAAAACGGGUUACCACAGAAACCACUGACACGGCUAACAACAUCAUCACUCCCACCCGGACCCCAUCUCCAAUUGUUCGCCCCCUGCUUCCAGGAACCAUGAGACCCCUCAGCCCUCCAAGGGGUCCCCAUAUCCCGUUGGACCCCCGGGACCCCCACGAUCUGGCUAACAAGAAAAAGAAAGGAAUACUUUCCAAGGGAAAGAAACUACUGAAGAGACUUUCCCCUGUGAAAUAAAAUUCAAAACAGCAUAAAUGUACAAAACCUGUGGGGCUUUGUAAAUAGCAUCCAUACAAUCAACUCUGAUCCAACAGCACCUGACAGAGUGGACAUCCGUCUCCUGGACUGUGUGAGCCUGAUAGGUGAUGCGACAGUAAUGGAUACAAAUCAUGUGAAUUUUGUGCAGUGCAGUGCCAAAAUUAAGAGUCACUUUCAGACACAAAUACAUUUUACUGUGAUUUAUUUUAAAUUAAAAGGCAGUUUUAAUAAAACAAAAUAAAACUAGGAUUUUCAUGACAUGUUAUUUUUCUUUAUUUUUAGGUAAAAAAUGUAAUCGCAAAGGUCUGAAGCUGGGUAGCUUUGAAAAAGUGUUUUCAAAACACUUUUCUUAGUAAAGAAUGUGAAUUUUUAAGGAGGCGCCACGGGAAAAUGUCACCUAGAUAACACUGUUAUGAAGCAUUCUGUGAAGCAAUGCCGGCUGCUAACUAGAACCUUUUCUCAGUGCAACGUCAUAGAGAGAUAGUAGCAUAACCUGGAGACAUUAUUGCACGCGUACCCUCUGGUACUCAUAAGAGAAAAGUGUUUCUGUGGUGAAAGAAAACACAUUAAGAAAAAGUUAGAGCAGAUUGGCAUCAGGGCAUUAAGCACCGGGCUAGCUCAGCUGUCUCAGUGGCCUUUAUGAAAACAAUGAGAAUGACACUCCUGGUUCGAUUACAAGAAUGACUUACAACAGGUUUUUGUUUCAUAACUGGUCGCCUGUGCUUUGACAUUUUUAGGAAAUAAAUUAGAGCAGUAAUGUCGGUUGUCUUUGCUGUGAAACAGUCAUGAAACGCCUAGUUCAAGCUUAAUUUUUGUGUCCAUCUCCUGAUUGCACAAAUGUUUUUUUUUUGUCUGAUGACAGGCUGCAGACAUACAAUGUGUGCCUGUGUGUGUGUGAUGCAUUUAUGUUUUGCGCUUUCAUAUCUGUUGUACUCUGUUUUUCUUCAUUUCUGAAAGAAAGGUAAUCUAAUUAUUGGUCUUGUGAUAUAUGGUGAUGUGCUGCUACUUCCAUUGACUGCACUGUGUAGUUUGGUUGUCUCACGCAGAUAUACAGCUAGUGGGACACACUAAAGCCACAUACUGAAAACAACUAAUCAAAAUAUUGAAGCAUGAAUUGUUCUCUGAUUUUGUCAGAAAAAUAAUGUCUGUAGAGAAAUAUUAACUCAUUUAUCUUGAGUUUGGUAUUGCUAAUAUUUACGUUCGACUUGCACUUAAAGUACACAAGGACUAUACUACACACUUUUUUACAGGUUAAACAGCUUAUAUGUGAUUAUCAAGAAGAGACCUGUCACAAAGCAAAUUUCCAUCUUCAUUCCUAUCAUGGUUAAAGAUUUAAGGCAUUAAAUGAGUAGAGCAGCUUGAUCAGAACAGGAUCAGCCUGGGGCCGCUGGUUCAGAUGGACCAAGCUGUUGAUGAGUUGCGGUUGGUUUCAUAGAAAAAGUUUUAAUCAGACUGAUCAAAAAAUUUGCUUGAGAUAUUCCCUGCUCAAUAAGUGAAAUCAAAUCUCACGACUGACAUUUAGUUUAUCCUAUUUGUGAAAUAACCAAAAUAACAAAAUAAGUAAAUGAUUACUUGAGUCUGACAACAAGGUGAAGAUGAAGAGGCUAAACUUAGAAGUACGGUUGCCUUGUCUAUAGCUUACUUGAAGGUAUUGGUGUUUUUAGCCCACUUUAACCACUCUGAGUUACACAUUCAUGCUGAAUGUGAAAAUCAUCUUCAACCCUUAUUUCCUGCAUUUGAAAGAAAACAGACAGUGAAAGUCUCGAGUCAAAAAUGACCUACACAAUCAGCUCAGCGUGGCCCGAAUAGGCUCAGCACACUUACAUUGGCAUUGUCCAUGUGGAGCCGGCCGCGUUUUUCAACCCUGCUUCCCUACAGUUUUUUUUUGCUGAAGCAACCUAGCACACCUCUCUAAGAGCUGAUUGGCUGGCUGAAAUGAGGUCACUCAUGCCUCUGAAGCUUUAUAUACGAUAUUACUGACUAACAAGCACUUUUCCUGACACGUUGUCUGCUUUGUAGCCACUGUAAUGUUUCUUCAUUCUGCAAAACAGCUUCCUGGAGAUUCUAUAACUCCUCUGGGCCUUAAGCCUUGCUUGGUGAUGCCUUCUGGCAUGCUAUGAACACAAUUUCUUCCUCAAAAAAAAAAAAUGCCACGGUCCAAGUACCAAGUAGUACCCUGACGUCCUGUGUUUUUAAUAGUCUUAUCCCAGUCCUAUGUGACAACACAGACUUCUCAGCCCCACUUUCUAAGCGGGGCCCACCCAUGUUCUCACCCACAACCACGUUCCUGAGAGAGCUGUGUAACACAACCAGUCCGUGCGAGGGCGGGCUGUGCCCACCCAGGUCAGGCCAAAAAAAUAAAAAUAAAAAUACAGACAUCUCAACGUCACACUGUAGAUUCAUGGACUCAACUUGACUUGCGACCACGGCAGGCAGUGCUGAUUUUGUGGCAAGGAAAGAGCAGAGUGUGUUUCGGCUAGUAAAAGAUAACCGUUAGCAUGAGCAACUCCACAAUAUGGCAGAACUGCUUCAGGCUUGUGUCGUUUGUAGAAAUAAAACAUCAACUUUUGCAGAGCAAACGAUAGCAAUGGAAGAGUUGCUUUGUUGGUCAGUCAUAGGCAAGAUGUUCACAAAUCAUGAAUAAUAAUGAAAUGACUCCAAAUCCUGCCAUUUUCUGCACCCAUUUAGCUCUGUCCAGUCUUUUAUAUGGCACAUCAUGCUAACAAGCUUUGAUAAAGUAAUAAUAGUGAACUAUGCCAGUGAACUACACUAUUAAGAUCAUAGAAAUCCAUACUCAUAAUUGAUUUCAAUUUGCUCACCACAAACUAUGCUUGUAAGGUCACGGAUAUGCAAAUCCGUGCAAUUCAAAGAAACCCUAGACCCCUUCUAAUCCGUUAGGGCAUUGGAAUGACUAUCUAAUAACGGCUUAUACUGUACAUUUAGAAGUGAAGUAAAGUUUGCAAACAGCUUAAGGAUUAAUAUUCUUUUAGUUAUUCAAAUCAUAGCUUAAUACCUGUGUUGUUUAUAGAGUAUAACAACAUUUGCAGUGAUUCUUUAAAUUUGUCAAAACAUUUUCAUAGUAAAGAAGAAAGUUGAAUUUUAUUUUCAAAUUAAGAAAAACUCCUUAUUUUAAAGGAUGAAAAACUUACUAGGAAGUCAAAUCUCAUUUAUAAUAAAUCCUAACAGACAUGGAGAAAAUCAAUGAAAACACACACAACUCAUUCCUACCUCAGUUUGAUAGGAUUAUUGGGAAAUGCUAUAAAUGUUUACUCUGAUUGGUAAAAUAAAUUUUCCAAAUGCUGUACAAAUAUUUGUGUGUCAUGCAGCAGCAUAGAAGUGCUCAAAAACUAAAAUACUACCUUAAUAAACAAUGUGACUCAUAGCUUUAUUUAUCCGAACACUUUUUGUUGAGUUUCAUUUACAUGUUCGUCACCUGCUCUUUAGUUUAAUUAGUUCAUUCUGCCCUUGGCAGAUGUAAGUCUAUUGCAUAGAACAAGGUUCACCUUCAUUAUCAUUGUUCAUAAGUUGAUGACAAAGGAAGGCUAACGGUGAAUGUCAGAAGAAUUUGGACAGGUUUAAAUUUCAGUUAAUUUCUGUUCCAGAACUGUUUGUGAGAAGUUUCCAAUCUGUGUCCGUUCUGUCUCCACUUUGAAACCACAAGGUGUUCAUAAAACCAAAAUAUUCGCCUGUGAAUGGGUGUGGUGUCUGAAAACACUGUAGCUCUUUUGUACUUUGAUCCAUUUGUAGAUAAUUUCUAAACUGUUUCUACUUGAUUUUACGACAGCCUUUUUUAAUUGCACUGAAAUGUCCUCUCAGUCUCUCUCUCUCUCUCUCUCUCUCUCUCUCUCUCUCUCUCUCUCUCUCUCUCUCUCUCUCUCUCUC